CUAGAUUGGAACAUGUAUGGACCCUCUAAGCAUGCUAUCACCGGCCUGACCGAGGUGCUGCGACAGGAGUUUCAGCUAAAGAAGAAGACCGGGACCAAGAUAACAAGCAUUAGCCCCGGUGUGGUCGACACUGAGAUCCUUGAUAAAACCAUACGGGCAUCGCCAGACCUUCCAAUGUUACGUUCAGAGGACGUGGCCGAUGCGGUGACCUACUGCAUCCAGACCCCACCCAACGUGCAGAUCCAUGAGCUAAUAAUCAAGCCAGUGGGCGAAAAGUUUUAACAGCUCUCAAGGGCGGCAGUUGGCAGUUUUAGGACCUUAUGGGAGUGGAGUACAUACUACAAAUUCCCAAGUGUUAUUUCUGUCUGUAAAUAAACGAUAACAAAUUAUCACUUUUCAGGAAAAGCAAAUACGUAAAUAAAUGCUGAUUCGAAUGAAA